CCACGUGGUGAACAAAUUCUCAUGACGUCUGGUGUGCGUGAGAGGUCUUGCCUCCUUAAUGCUUUCCCUGAGCUGAGCCAGCCUGGGGCGGGCACGUGGGAGGUAUUCCCCGGGCCAAUGCGGAAUGAGAAGCAUAGAGGAACGACCGACUAGCAGGUUCUUUUUCUUCGAAACCCAGAGCCUCCCCGUUUGUGCCCGAGCUAAGGGCGGCCACGCCUAUGUCCAGCACACUGGCUGGGGCCGUGUGUUUUCUACCCAAGCCUCAGAGGAACUGCAGGGCAGUCCAGGCGGGAUCGGUCUUCCGUGUUGCCCUCGUAAACGCAGCAGCUCAGAGGAGCCGAGUGACCAGGCUAAGGCCACGCAGUUAGAGAGGCAGGGUGGGGACCCCAGCCGGCUUUCCCUGCCGUCGGUGACCUGGCGUUCUGUGCCGAUCCUGGGAGAGGCGCCCCGGCUUUAUGGCCAGCGCUCCCCUCCCCGCUCGCUGGCCUCGUUGACCAGGAAAAUGAAAGGUGCUGAUGCCAAAGGAAAAAUCCAUACCCCGAGUGGUGGUUCCCGAGAAGGCCAGUUUCCCUCCAGGAUUCCUCGGUGCUGCUAUGACAGCAGGGGGGAAAGCGCACGGUGCCCAUUUCCUGUUCAGACAAGACAGAGCGGCCGCGUUUCCUGCCAGGCCCCCGCCCCCUCGUGGACUCUGCCUCCUGCACCGAGAUGCCCCGGGAUGGCCUGCGGGAUCAUGGACUCCCGGGCCUGGGCUCCCCUGACGCGCAGCCCCGGCCAUCUGGGGGCCGCCGAGUGUGGCCGCGCCCUGCCGGGCGGGAGGACCAGAAAGGACUGGUCCUGCUGGCUCAUCGUGGCCUCUCUGGUGGGCGCCUUCGGCUCCUCCUUCCUCUAUGGGUACAACCUGUCGGUGGUGAACGCCCCAACACUGUACAUCAAGUCCUUCUACAAUGAAUCGUGGGAAAGAAGGCACGGACAUCCAAUAGACCAAGACACUCUGACCCUGCUCUGGUCUGUGACGGUGUCCAUAUUCGCCAUUGGUGGACUCGUGGGGACGUUACUGGUGAAGCUGAUCGGAAAGGUUCUUGGGAGGAAGCACACUCUGCUGGUCAACAAUGGGUUUGCGAUAUCUGCUGCACUGCUCAUGGCCUGUUCUCUCCAGGCAGGAGCCUUUGAAAUGCUCAUCGUGGGACGCUUCAUCAUGGGCGUGGAUGGAGGCAUCGCCCUCAGCGCGCUCCCCAUGUACCUGAACGAGAUCUCGCCCAAGGAGAUCCGUGGCUCUCUGGGGCAGGUGACCGCCAUCUUCAUCUGCGUUGGCGUGUUCGUGGGGCAGCUGCUGGGCCUGCCUGAGCUGCUGGGAAAGGAGAGCACCUGGCCAUACCUGUUUGGAGUGAUCGCUGUCCCUGCCUUGGUCCAGCUGGUGACCCUGCCUUUUCUCCCCGAGAGCCCCCGCUACCUACUCUUUGAGAAGCACGACCAGGCCGGAGCCGAGAAAGCCUUCCGAACCUUCCUGGGCAAAGAGGAUGUCUCCCGAGAGGUGGAGGAGGUCCUGGCAGAGAGCCACUUGCAGAGGAACAUCCACCUGGUGUCCGUGCUGGAGCUGCUGCGGAGUCCCUUCGUCCGCUGGCAGGUCAUCACUGUGGUCGUCACCAUGGCCAGCUACCAGCUCUGCGGUCUCAACGCGAUUUGGUUCUACACCAAUAGCAUCUUUGGGAAAGCUGGGGUCCCUCCGGAAAAGAUCCCAUACAUCACCUUGAGCACCGGUGGCAUUGAGACUUUGGCUGCCAUCUUCUCUGGCUUGGUCAUUGAGCGCCUGGGACGGAGACCCCUCCUCAUGGGCGGCUUUGGGCUGAUGGCCCUCUUCUUUGGGAUCCUCACCGUUACAUUGACGCUGCAGGACCACGCCCCCUGGAUCCCAUACCUGAGUAUCGUGUGCAUUCUGGCCAUCAUAGCCUCCUUCUGCAGCGGGCCAGAUAGGCUAACUGGGACGAUCCACAAACCUGAAGUGCAUUCCUGACCCAAACUGCUAAGCUUGGUCUUGUGUUUUGUCCCAAGUCCUCACUCUUCCUACGGCGGUGUCGAUUUCACUGGUUUUCUUCAAAUCACAGAGCCUGCUGAGUUUCUGGCAGUUUCAACUGUAAGCUCUUCCCUCAGCAUCUGGGAGUCUCCCUAAAGGGAGGUCCGUCUGCUCUCCCUAAUUCCACAUCAGUGUGGGCUCCUACCCUCUGCUCCCCAAGCCCCACCGUGUUCCCCAGCAGCCAGGCCUCACCUGCUAACCACUAGUUUAGCUACGAGAUUGGCCAGGCUUUAGAAACUUCUCUUGAACUCACAUCAACAAUGUACAGCUUAAGCCCCAGGGAAAUUACCCAAGGGAGGCUGCCAUUUGGGUCAGGAGAUCAUCUUCAGUGGACAGGAGGGAGCGGAUCCCAAGAGGAACCGCGCUGGGAAAUUGUGGCUCAGAAAUGCUGAGAGGUAAAGGGCUGUGUGACUCCCCAUUUGAGGCUGCCCCUCCAGGAUUAAGGGAAAUGGAUCAUCCUCCCAGGAAAGAAAGCAGGCGUUUGCCUGGGGCAGCUUCUGUGAUGAGCAAAUCAAUUCAAGGAGGCUUGACAGGGAAUUGAAAUUAGGUGCAAGGCAAGACAGAAACAGGGAAGGCGGUUUCCUGCUACAUAUUUUAUUUGUGCGCAUAACCCCAAGGCAGUGGCCGAGACAGCUAAUAAAUGAGGCACCAUAAAAGAGCUUAUCUUUGAGGAAAAGGAGAUGUCUCCAAAGCACGUCAAUUACAGUGUGAAAAAUCUUAGCUGCUGGGGCUCUGUGCCUGGCAUGAAGUUAAACUCUCUAAGGCCGGUUUCGGUGCUGGUGGGGAGGACAGACACACCACCAUCUACCCAGAAACACUGAGUAUGGUCAAUGCGCUUGGAAGGUACAGUUUAGGAGCUGAACGCUCCAGAAAGCUAGAGCUACCCUGAUGGGGACGUACGAAUGCCUGAUGGGUGCGUGUGGGCAGGGAAAAAGGACUCCCCUACCUAUCACAUUGGUUGGAUCUGGAAAGACGAUGGCCCACCCGCUUGCAUUAAGCGGUCCAGAGCUUCGAUGGGGUCAAAUCAGAUGACUCAGUUCCCCUUGGAAGUUAGGAAACUAUGUGCAAAACAGAAUGACAAGGAAAUUAAUUUUCUAACCAUGCAGAAUUCACUGGGUAGGAGAAAUGCGUGUGUCUACAUUAAAACAGACCUACAAAUCAAGAGAGAGAUCCUGACGCCAAAUCAGUGUGUGGCCCUCACUUUUGAACCUGGCUUCAUGACAGUUAAAUGAGAAUGCCUCACGAACCCGGGUUAAACACGUAGCCGCUAUUGCUCGGGACACAUCCACGUCCCUACAGUGUGUUCACACAGAUGGUGGGCUCUAACUGGAGGGUUGCAAGUCCCAGUCCCAAUUCUUAGCAGUCCCAGUGCCAGCCGGAGACCCAGCCUCCACGCCCGGUACCACGUAGGAUUUGGGAGAUGCUCUUCUGAAAACUACCCUGUAAACACUUAACUAUUACAUAAGCUUGAAAUUAGGUCAAGGUCCAACAGGAAGGUACUGGGAGCUGGGAAUUUAAAGGGACCUGGAUGAAUGUCCUGUUUGCAGAGGUGUGGGCAUGGCGAAGGGACUCAUCAGAAAAGGUGCAGGUGCCUCAGCAGCAGAAGUAGGGGGAGGCUGCGGCCGACCCCCCAGCCUGAGCAAGCGCGGGAUAGGCGAACUUUCGUUAAAAUCAAUUUCUCCCUAAGAAGAGAAUUAAAUGCAAAGAAACAAGAUUGUGUCGGGUAAAACUGAACUUUGAAGCUCCACAAACCAUUGUGAUGCUUCAGGUUUUUUGCUGCCACUCUCACCCCCGAGAACCGAUUUUUACCCGAGCUGAGACCCCAGCUGAGAACGCAUUUUUUUUUUACCAUUUUUUUUUCCCAACUGAGAACCAAUUUUUACCCCAGCUGAGAACGCAUGCUGCAGACAGAGACGGGGAUUCGUGAAGUCUUUUUGAGCAGCAGUGCAUUCAUCCCUAGGAGCACAAAGAGGAAUAAGAAGUGUCCCGCCCAGGAGCUUGGAGCCCAGGAUUAGAGGCAAUUUCAGGGA